ACGCCGGAUGUCUCAGCUAGCGCGCCCCGUCACGUCCGUCUCUCAUAACACAUGUGAAGGACAAACAGGGGGUCCUGUCCUGUCCUCUCACUAACUCACAUGUGGAGUUUGCUCUGUUUACCUACGUGUAGCAUGUCCCCUGGCCAGGAUGCUUCGCCAGAGUCAAACACUCAAGUACUUCCUCAGCCUGGUUCCGGGUAAGCGUCGCCUCGGGACGUACAGGUUCCUCCCGGUCUUCUUCUGCAUCGGAGGAGUCAUGGAGUGGAUCAUGAUCAACGUGCGGAUCGGAAGAGAAACGUUCUACGAUGUCUACCGAAGAAAACAAUCCGAACGGGGAUACCAGCAGAAGAUAGCAGAUGGACUGAUUGAUGUUGAUGAGCCUGCAACCAAGUGAACAACAGUCGGAUUUGAAGUGGACUAAACGACCGUAUCACAGUUCGAAGCUGUCAGAAAGACGCUGAUGAUCUCUUCCAACAUGCAGCUUUUAUUGUUUAUAUCUUUUGGUUUAAGAAACAGCAACACACAAAAGCUGAAAAAAACAACAUAAUUACAACAAAUGUUUCAUUUAUUCAUAACAACCACAACCAGAUCUCAGUAUUGGUUUGACAGUGAAUCUGUAAAAAUGUUGCUUAACACCUGCCAAGACAGCAAUGUCUCAGCCCAAUUGUAACAGAAUGAAAAGCUAAUAAUGUGUUUAUUGCCAUCUUGGAUGGUUCUGCCAGGAUUUGUCUUACACUGGCAGAAAACACUGAUAAGAAACAAAAACAUUAGCUCUGUCUUCCCAUCUGUUAAAUACUUUCGUCAUUUCUGUCGUAUUCUAAAAAAAAGUUGCACUGUAUUGUAAAUUUGAGUAUAUAAAAUGUAACUUAAGAACA